CGCAGCCUUUCCCUGUCGAUCGCCGAGCGCUUCGGUUCAGCCGCGCUCUUCCAUUCGCAGCUUUGCUAGAGGCUCUCGCAUCCAGGUCGGCGCCGGAGCUAUGUUUCGCAACCAGUAUGAUAAUGAUGUCACUGUUUGGAGCCCUCAGGGAAGGAUUCAUCAAAUUGAAUAUGCAAUGGAAGCUGUUAAACAAGGUUCAGCCACAGUUGGUCUGAAAUCAAAAACUCAUGCAGUGUUGGUUGCAUUAAAAAGGGCACAAUCAGAACUUGCAGCUCACCAGAAAAAAAUUCUCCAUGUUGACAACCAUAUUGGUAUUUCAAUUGCGGGACUUACUGCAGAUGCUAGACUGUUGUGUAAUUUUAUGCGCCAGGAAUGUUUGGAUUCCAGAUUUGUAUUUGACAGACCCCUUCCUGUGUCUCGUCUUGUUUCUCUAAUUGGAAGCAAGACCCAGAUACCAACUCAGCGGUAUGGCAGAAGACCAUAUGGUGUUGGGCUGCUCAUUGCUGGCUAUGAUGAUAUGGGCCCUCACAUUUUCCAAACCUGUCCAUCUGCUAACUAUUUUGACUGCAGAGCUAUGUCCAUUGGAGCUCGUUCUCAGUCAGCUCGUACUUACUUGGAGAGACAUAUGUCUGAGUUUAUAGAGUGUAAUUCUAUUUUGACCCAUUGUAGCAUGUUCAUUUUUGUGACUUAUUUUGUUCACUUUGUCAUUUCCCCUCAGAAUGUUUCCAUUGGAAUUGUUGGUAAAGACUUGGAGUUUACAAUCUAUGAUGACGAUGAUGUGUCCCCAUUCCUGGAAGGUCUUGAAGAAAGACCUCAAAGAAAGGCACAGCCUACACAACCUGCUGAUGAACCUGCAGAAAAGGCUGAUGAACCAAUGGAACAUUAAGUGAUAAAAGUGUGUUAUCAGAUGUAUGAGAGUGCAGAAGUGCAUACUAAUGACAAUAAUCUGUACUUUGAACCAACAAAUGCAUAGUGGUGGAAUGGCAUGUUUUAGGAAUCAGUCCAGAGGGAGUUUUUCCCAAGCAACUUCCCUGAAACCAUAUAAUUGGGUGCAUUUUUUUUUCCUGAGGGACUAUGUUAUCAUUUUCUAGAAAAUAUGGAUAUCUAUACCAAUGUUUUUAUAUGAAGAAAAUAGUGUCUUUGGGAUUUUAAAGACAACUGUGAAAUAAAAUUAUUUCACCUCCUCUUG